AGUAAAAAAGUCAAUGGAGCUUGCUUGCCAACUUAGGGGCGUGGGACCAGCCACAUCCACGUUGAUCCUGUCACUAGCAGGUCCGACUUUGAGGAAAACUCUUAAUAAUAAUUUACGGGACAUCCCGUUUUUCUCAGAUGAGGUGUUCGAGAUCCUCAAUCCUGGAUAUGGCAAAAUCAGGUACUCUACAAAAGAAUACCUUGAGCUUGUCCUGCCCAAGUUACUGUUGUUCAAAAACAGGGAACUUCAGAAAAUUGAAGAAUCUCUAUGGUGUCUCCACAGAGCGGACAAGAUGUAUGGAAAACUAGAUGGCGCUCUGGCCAAUAUAUUGACCUCGGUUCAUGAGUUAACACGAGACCACCAACUAGUGGCCGCACGCCCAUCAAAACGCCGCAAAAAAUAGCUAGAUAAUCUUGCCAAACUCACUAUAAAUCGUUUUCCUCGUUCUCCUUGAGCACCGUUGCCCAUGUACUUUUUUAGGCUGC